AUGGUCUACGGAAAGACUUGUCAUCUCCCGGUAGAGUUGGAACAUAGAGCACUUUGGGCUCUUAAAUUUUUGAAUUUUGAUACCACUCUAGCCGGCAACAAAAGGAAAGACCAACUCCAUGAAUUGGAGGAAUUGAGGGACCAUGCUUAUCACUCCAACAAGCUCUACAAGGACAAAGCUAAGGCAUACCAUGAUAAGAAAGUCCGCUACAAAAGUUUUCAUGUUGGACAAAUGAUGUUGCUAUUCAAUUUGCGACUUCGGUUGUUUCCCGGUAAGCUUAAAUCAAAAUGGUCGGGACUGUUUAUGGUGAAGGAAGUGCGUGACUAUGGAGCCAUUGUGAUAGAGGACCCCAAGACUAAUGAAAGUUGGAGCGUUAAUGGUCAACGACUCAAGACUUAUCAUGUUGGAGAAUUUGUACGCGAUGUUUGUGUCAUUUCACUUGGUGAUCCUUGA